CCGAAAUGGCAGGUGCUGCUUAUUUACGCGGAGGCCAGGACACGCUUCCCGUGACCGUGCCCAAACGCGGGACGCGCUGCCGCCUGCGGCCUGCCAUCAACCUACUUACCCGGACAAUAUCACGGAUGACUCCCGCGCUCCUCUCUCACCUCGUUCAUCGCCAGCGACCUUGCGGUGCUUGUACUGAGCUUAUGCAUCUCUGUGGCAGCACUGCACUCUCGCCUUGAAUAUGUCUGCCGCCAGGACCGCGCAUUGGAAGAGCGUCGUCGACAAUGCCAAGACCAAUCUAUCGCCGGAGCAGCUGGACAAGCUCGCGUACAUUGCUGCAUGGCACACUCGCGAGGGCGACUUUGCGGACUCAGUGCAGAGAAACUUGCGAAUCACUGAAUGCGGCACGUUCGUAAGACCUGAAGAUGGGAAGACCCAUGCACGGGUAGUGUAUGAAACGACGGUCACUAAGGAUAUGUGCAAUGCGCACGACAUGAUGCAUGGCGGAUGCUCUGCUUACCUGGUCGACUGCUGUACGUCGAUCGCACUUGUCGUGAUGGGGCUUGCAACUGGCAGUCCUGUGGACUUGGUAUCGCAGUCUUUGACUACGACGUAUCAUGCCGGAGCGAAACUAUUUCAACAUCACACUGCUUCUGGCAAACGUGCCGUAACUGCACGGGCAGAGCGUCUAGCUGUCACUGGGAAUCACGUCAAGAUGGUGCCGAGCAAGUCUGACUUCAAGCUCUGAAUGACAUGCAUUUUCGGAGGAGUCCCCAUCCGGGAAUUGUUCCCGUACUGCGCCCCGACCUAUCGCCGCGUAUACGCAAGGAUGACCCAACCGCAAUACGUAUCUUGCAAACGGGUGUGGUC